CUCUCAAUCAUUUGCUACCUUUUCAAUUCGCUGUCCAACCAUCAAUACUUUCUCCCCCUUCGGAAAGAGAAAUUGGAGCAAGACGACACUGUAGCAGUAAUCAACUCUCUCUCUCUCUCUCUCUCUCGCUCUCUCUCUCUCUCUCUCUCUCUCUCUCGCUUGCUGAUUCAAUCAACCGCUUGCUGAACUUGAAAGUAUUAGAGGAUUUUAUAUUGGCGUAGGUCAAUAUUGGUGCAAAUUAGGAUCUCUUAUUUUGAGCAGAUAGGUGAUGUCAUGACACAGUCUCCAAAAAAUUCAAAUUCAGUAGGGCUGACAGAUAUUUUGCCCGUAAAUAUACUGAAAGAAACUGGAAAUGAUGCUUGUGGGAUUUCUUCUGGACUUGGCACUUACCAUGCUUCAAAUGAUGCUACCUUUUUUUCUAGUUCGCUCCCUAUUCUUCCACAUGAAAAAUCAAAUGUUAAUGUCGUAGGAUCUCUAUUUGGUGAUGAGAUAGUGUCUAGCUUAAGCGAACUCGAUCAAGGUUUGGAGGGUAUUGAUUCACUUGAAGGGAUCGAGAGAAAUGCUGUUGGAAGUUUGCUUCCUGAUGAUGAAGAUGAGCUUUUGGCUGGCAUAAUGGAUGAUUUUGACUUUAGUGGGUUGCCUAGUUCACUGGAGGAUCUGGAUGAGUAUGAUCUUUUUGGAAGUGGAGGAGGUUUGGAAUUGGAGAGUAAUCCACAGGAUAAACUAAGUAUGGAUAUGCCGAAGGUUAACUUAUCUGAUGCUAUCUAUGGGAAUGGGGUGCCUCAUUAUGGUAUUUCAAAUAGUGCGGGAAUGUUUGCUGGUGAACAUCCUUAUGGGGAGCAUCCUUCAAGAACGUUAUUUGUUCGGAACAUCAACAGCAAUAUCGAGGACUCAGAAUUACAAGCCCUCUUUGAGCAAUUUGGUGAUAUUAGAACUCUGUACACUGCUUGUAAGCAUAGGGGCUUUGUGAUGAUAUCUUAUUAUGAUAUUCGUGCUGCACGAACAGCGAUGCGUGCAUUGCAGAACAAGCCUUUACACUGGAGGAAACUUGACAUUCACUUCUCAAUUCCUAAGGAUAAUCCAUCAGACAAGGAUAUCAAUCAAGGAACUUUAGUAGUUUUUAAUUUGGAUCCAUCAGUGUCAAACGAAGAUCUCCGUCAAAUAUUUGGGGCUUAUGGCGAGGUGAAAGAGAUAAGGGAAACUCCUUACAAGAGGCACCACAAGUUCAUUGAAUUUUAUGAUGUCAGAGCUGCAGAAGCCGCUCUUAAGUCAUUAAAUAAGAGGGAAAUUGCGGGUAAACGCAUAAAGCUUGAACCUAGUCGCCCUGGUGGAGCUCGUCGAAACUUGAUGUUGCAGUUGAAUCAAGAACUUGAACAAGAUGAAUCGCGCAUUUUCUGUCAUCAAGUUAGUUCAUCCGUUACGAACUCCCCACCAGGUAACUGGGUGCAGUUCAAUAGCUUUAUUGAACAUAGUCCUCUGGAAAAUAUUAGUAGAUCCCCUGCUUUAAGGACGGUAAGCCCAACAAACAGCAAUAAGUUGCCUGGACUGGCUUCAUUGUCGAAUUCUGAAGGACUAAACCAUGCAAAAGUUGCACCAAUUUGUAAUGACCAGAGAAGGCUUGGUCCCGUGGAGCAUCAUUUUCCCAAUAGCAACUUAGGCCAUGGAGUUGCCUUUCAACAAUCCCAUUCAUUUCCGGAGAUGAAGUUGGGUCAACAAAAUAGAGCUGUUUCCACUUUCAGCCCUUCAAACUCCAACGGAUCUAGCAUUGAAACAUUAUCAGGGCCAGAGUUUCUGUGGGGAAGCCCAAGAACAUAUUUAAAACAUACUAGUUCUUCAGCCUGGCCAAUGUCAUCUGUGGCACAUUCGUUCUCAUCAAAUGGUAAUGGUCAUGCCUUCGGGUACUCAGAUAAGCGAAGCUCCUUUCUUGGAUCAUCUGAGCACCAUCAUGUUGGAUCUGCUCCAUCUUGUGUUCCUACUGAAAGGCACUCUGGCUUUGUUCUAGAAUGUCCAGAAACUUCUUUAUUGCAUCCUGUUGCUUUUGGAGCAAAAGAAAUUGGUCAGGAUGAUGGAAAUUUUAUGGUCAAUAUGGCUGUUCAUGGUGCUAAGAGUUCUGGUGUUAACCUUCCCAGAAAUUUUUCUGGAAAUUUUUCUUCAGGCUUCAGAAUGUCCACACCAAGGUUCGGUCAUGUGCUCUCAGGCAAUGGUCCUCAUCCGGGAGUAGUAACUAAAAACAUGGAGGGCUUGACUGAGCGUGGGAGGAACAGGCGAGUUGAGAAUAUUGGGAACCAGGUAGACAGCAAUAAACGGUUCCAGCUUGACUUGGAUAAGAUCCUUAGUGGAGAAGAUACUCGGACGACAUUGAUGAUAAAAAAUAUUCCAAAUAAAUACACCUCCAAGAUGUUGCUAGCUACUAUUGAUGAAAAUCACCGGGGAACCUAUGAUUUUCUCUAUUUGCCUAUUGAUUUUAAGAAUAAAUGCAACGUGGGCUAUGCAUUUAUUAACAUGGUGUCUCCUUCACAUGUUAUUACAUUUUAUGAGGCAUUUGAUGGAAAGAAGUGGGAGAAGUUCAACAGUGAGAAAGUUGCUUCACUGGCCUAUGCUCGGAUUCAAGGGAAGACAGCUCUUGUGGCUCAUUUCCAGAACUCAAGCUUGAUGAAUGAAGAUAAGCGCUGCCGUCCAAUUCUUUUUCAUUCAGAAGAUGCAGAGGCAGGUUGUCAGGAACAUCUUAACAGCAGUUUGCAUGUCAAGAUCCAUCAGCUGAAUUUGUCACAAUCAGGGGAUUCUCUGGGAAUCCUUACGAAAGAUGGUUCUGUUGAGAACCAAGAGAAGAGCUAACAGUUCAAAGGUAAAUGCUGCAGCUCUAAAAAUGGGGUUUGUGAAUGCUGCUACUGGCGAACUUAAUGGUAGAUAUCCUUAACAUUACAAAAGGAGAUAAACAACAGAAGUAGAACUCGGGGUUGUAUUGUAUUUUGUAAUAGAACAUCCAAAGCUGCAGCAAAAACAUUUUGGUUUAAGUCGGUAAUCUAGUUUGAAAUUCGAGGCUGGGACACAAUGACAUCCAGGUGUGGCCAAUUUUUAUUCUAUAGCAUGCUAGUGGUAGGAUGCCAUAGUCACCUAUCCAAUUUUUCUUUGGAGUUCCUGUUCUCCUCAAUUGGGUUCUUUUGGGGCCUUUUUGGUGUUAGGUUGGGAUGAUUCCGGUAUAUAUAUAUAUAUAAUGUUAUACGGAUGCAUUGUAAGGGUAUAGAUUUUUUGAGUUUGUCAUCCUUACAAAAUUGUAUUGUAGAUCAGAUUGGAAACUCAUGAUUGUUCUCCUGAAAUUUAGAUGUGCAGAAAAUGUAGUUUACAUUUCGACCCUACGCUUCGUUCAUCACUA